AUGGAGACUAAUCUGAUUGGUAUCGAGAGUCAUAUGGAUGCAUUAAGUUCAUUAUUGUGCACAGAAGCUAUGGGAGAGGUGCGCAUUAUAGGGAUAUGGGGAAUGGGAGGAAUYGGYAAGACAACUAUUGCUCAAGCUUUGUUCCGAAGAAUUGCAUAUMAGUUUGAGGGUAGUAGCUUUGUUAAAGAUGUGAGAGARAAUAGUUGUARUAAAAGAGAKAUAUGUGUCCUAYAGGAAAAGAUUCUAAGAGAUAUUCUAGUGACYCCUCAAACUUUCAUCAUGAUUSGAGAUCCAGAUGACGGAGCUGAGAUGUUGUGCAGAAGGUUAUCCAAUAAAAAGGUUYUUCUUGUCCUCGACGAUGUGGAUAAUKUUAACCAGUUGGAAUUCCUGGGAGCAACACAUGAAUGGUUUGGUCCAGGAAGUAGAAUCAUUAUAACCACUAGAGAUGAGCAUUUGUUAGCUGAUGCACAUUUCAAAUACAAACCUAAUUGUUUGCUUAUUGAUCAAGCUGUUGAGCUGUUCUGUAGGCAUGCUUUUCAGAAAAAGAACCCUCCAAAGGGAUAUGAGGACCUGUCRUAUCGUGCAAUAAGCUACACAGGCUAUCUUCCUCUAGCCCUGAAAGUUUUAGGAUCAUUCUUCCGUGGAAGACAAGCAAGCGUGUGGGRAAGUGCUUUAACCCGACUUGCCAAAGCACCAAAURUUGAGAUCUUUGAAGCAAUGAAGUUGAGUUUUGAUGGACUAGAUGUUUCUGAGAAAAAUAUAUUCUUAGACAUUGCAUGUUUCUUCAAGGGCAAAGAUAAAGAACAUGCCACUAGWAUACUUGAUAGCUUCGGUUUUGAACCAGUGAUAGGAAUUAGUGUUCUCAUUGAAAAAUCUCUUGUAACUGUUUCAAAUGAAAAGCUAGGCAUGCAUGAUUUGAUACAAGAAAUGGCUUGGCAAAUUGUUCGUCAGAGUUUCUCUGAUAGCAGGCUAUGGGAGCCAGAAGAAAUCCAAGAUGUCAGAAAUAAGAAAUUGGAAGUAAUUGAAGCCAUAGUGCUGCCUGACAACAAUGCUGAGUAUCUUCGUGAGAAACUGGGUUUUACUAAUGUAUUGAUGCCAGGCAACAACGUUGAGUACGAUUGUGAGAUGUUGGGUUUUAGUGAUGAAGUUUUUAGAAGGAUGAAGAAUCUUCGACUGCUUGACGUUGACAGGACAUGUAUUUCUUGUGAACCUACGUUUCUCCCGGAUAAGCUAAGGUGGCUUUGUUGGCAUCAUUACCCGUUUUCUUCUCUGCCUGUAGAACAUAUGCRAAAGCUUGUUGGGCUUGAAAUGUUUGGUGGCUUAAUUAAAGACUUAUGGAAGGGACAAAAGAUUCUACCCAACUUGAAGUUUGUUGAACUUAGUAACGUGCUGAACUUAACAAAGUUUCCAGACGUCUCAGGGGCACCAAAUAUUGAGAGGCUGACUUUAUCAUAUUGUCAAAGGUUGGUGGAGGUUCACGAGUCUCUUGGAUGUCACAGAAGGCUUGUUUACUUGGACAUGAGCGGUUGCCAGAAGCUCAAGUGUCUCCCAUCCAGGAUCGAGAUGGAAUCCUUAGAGACAUUGAUUCUCUCUAGUUGCCUCAGUCUUGAAAGAUUUCCGGAAGUCACACCAUCUAUGGUUAAGCUAUCAGAGUUAUAUCUUGACAAUUGUAUUCGAAUAGAGGAACUGCCAUCAUCAAUUAGAUKUUUGUCUGGUCUAAGCUUUUUGAAUCUGAUAAGUUGUCAGAAUCUGAAGAAUAUUCCAAACUCCAUUUGCGAGCUAAAGAAUCUCAAG